CGGAGCGCUCGCCCGCACGCCCGCGGCGCGCCUGCUGGAGAUGUGCCGCUCUGGCCGCGCUGUGCACCAGCAGCAUGGACUGUCGCCUCUGCGUCCUGCUCCUGCUCGGCUGCUCCGCGCUCGGCUGCCGCGGGGACGCGGGGCCGCAGCCCCCCAAUGAAGUCAAUCUACUGGAUUCAAAAACAAUUCAAGGGGAGCUGGGCUGGAUCUCUUAUCCAUCGCAUGGGUGGGAAGAGAUCAGUGGUGUGGAUGAACAUUACACUCCCAUCAGGACUUACCAGGUGUGCAAUGUCAUGGAUCAUAGUCAAAACAAUUGGCUGAGAACAAACUGGGUCCCCAGGAACUCAGCUCAGAAGAUUUACGUGGAGCUCAAGUUCACUCUACGAGACUGCAAUAGCAUUCCAUUGGUUUUAGGAACUUGCAAGGAGACGUUCAACCUGUACUACAUGGAGUCUGAUGAUGAUCAUGGCGUGAAAUUCCGAGAGCACCAGUUCACAAAGAUCGACACCAUUGCAGCUGAUGAAAGUUUCACUCAAAUGGAUCUUGGGGAUCGUAUUCUUAAACUCAACACUGAGAUUCGAGAAGUAGGUCCUGUUAACAAGAAGGGAUUUUAUUUGGCUUUUCAAGAUGUUGGUGCUUGUGUUGCCUUGGUGUCUGUGAGAGUAUACUUCAAAAAGUGCCCAUUUACAGUGAAGAAUCUGGCUAUGUUUCCAGACACGGUACCCAUGGACUCCCAGUCCCUGGUGGAGGUUAGAGGGUCUUGUGUCAACAAUUCCAAGGAGGAAGAUCCUCCAAGGAUGUACUGCAGUACAGAAGGCGAAUGGCUUGUACCCAUUGGCAAGUGUUCCUGCAAUGCUGGCUAUGAAGAAAGAGGUUUUGUGUGCCAAGCUUGUCGACCAGGUUUCUACAAGGCGCUGGAUGGUAAUAUGAAGUGUGCUAAAUGUCCACCUCACAGUUCUACUCAGGAAGAUGGUUCAAUGAACUGCAGGUGUGAGAAUAAUUACUUCCGAGCAGACAAAGACCCUCCAUCCAUGGCUUGUACCCGACCUCCAUCUUCACCAAGAAAUGUUAUCUCUAAUAUAAACGAGACCUCAGUUAUCCUGGACUGGAGUUGGCCCCUGGACACAGGAGGCCGGAAAGAUGUUACCUUCAACAUCAUAUGUAAAAAAUGUGGGUGGAACAUAAAACAAUGUGAGCCAUGCAGGCCAAAUGUCCGCUUCCUCCCUCGACAGUUUGGACUCACCAACACCACAGUGACAGUGACAGACCUCCUGGCACACACUAACUACACUUUUGAGAUCGAUGCCAUUAAUGGGGUGUCAGAGCUGAGCUCCCCACCAAGACAGUUUGCUGCAGUCAGCAUCACAACCAAUCAGGCUGCUCCAUCACCUAUCCUGACGAUUAAGAAAGACCGGACAUCCAGAAAUAGCAUCUCUUUGUCCUGGCAAGAACCUGAGCACCCUAAUGGGAUCAUAUUGGACUACGAGGUCAAGUACUAUGAAAAGCAGGAACAAGAGACAAGUUAUACCAUUCUAAGAGCAAGAGCCACAAAUGUUACCAUCAGUGGCCUCAAGCCUGACACAACAUACGUAUUCCAAAUCCGAGCCCGAACAGCCGCUGGAUAUGGGACGAACAGCCGCAAGUUUGAGUUUGAAACCAGUCCAGAUUCUUUCUCCAUCUCCGGUGAAAGUAGCCAAGUGGUCAUGAUCGCCAUUUCAGCAGCAGUAGCAGUCAUUCUUCUCACUGUUGUCGUCUAUGUUUUGAUUGGGAGGUUCUGUGGCUAUAACAAGUCAAAACAUGGGGCAGAUGAAAAAAGACUUCACUUUGGCAAUGGGCAUUUAAAACUUCCAGGUCUCAGGACUUACGUUGACCCACAUACAUACGAAGACCCUACCCAAGCUGUUCAUGAGUUUGCCAAGGAAUUGGAUGCCACCAACAUAUCCAUUGAUAAAGUUGUUGGAGCAGGUGAAUUUGGAGAGGUGUGCAGUGGUCGCUUAAAACUUCCUUCAAAAAAAGAGAUUUCAGUGGCCAUCAAGACCCUGAAAGUGGGCUACACAGAAAAGCAGAGGAGAGACUUCCUGGGAGAAGCAAGCAUUAUGGGACAGUUUGACCACCCCAAUAUCAUUAGACUGGAAGGAGUUGUUACUAAAAGUAAGCCAGUUAUGAUUGUCACAGAAUACAUGGAGAAUGGUUCCUUGGACAGUUUCUUACGUAAACACGAUGCCCAGUUUACUGUCAUUCAGCUAGUGGGGAUGCUUCGAGGGAUAGCAUCUGGUAUGAAGUACUUGUCAGAUAUGGGAUAUGUUCACCGAGACCUCGCUGCUCGAAACAUUUUGAUCAACAGUAACUUGGUGUGCAAGGUCUCUGAUUUUGGACUUUCACGUGUCCUAGAGGAUGACCCAGAAGCUGCUUACACAACAAGAGGAGGGAAGAUCCCAAUCAGGUGGACAUCACCAGAAGCUAUAGCCUACCGCAAGUUCACGUCAGCCAGCGAUGUAUGGAGUUAUGGAAUUGUUCUCUGGGAGGUGAUGUCUUACGGAGAGAGACCAUACUGGGAGAUGUCCAAUCAGGAUGUAAUCAAAGCUGUAGAUGAGGGCUAUCGCCUGCCACCCCCCAUGGACUGCCCAGCGGCUUUGUAUCAGCUGAUGCUGGACUGCUGGCAGAAAGACAGGAACAACAGACCCAAGUUUGAGCAGAUUGUUAGCAUUCUGGACAAGCUUAUCCGGAAUCCCGGCAGCCUGAAGAUCAUCACCAGUGCGGCAGCAAGGCCAUCAAACCUUCUUCUGGACAAAAGCAAUGUCGAUAUCACUACCUUCCGCAUGACAGGUGACUGGCUUAAUGGUGUCAGGACAGCACGCUGCAAGGAAAUCUUCACGGGCGUGGAGUACAGUUCUUGUGACACAAUAGCCAAGAUUUCCACAGAUGACAUGAAAAAGGUUGGUGUCACCGUGGUUGGGCCACAGAAGAAGAUCAUCAGUAGCAUUAAAGCUCUAGAAACACAAUCAAAGAAUGGCCCAGUUCCGGUGUAAAGCACUGCUUCUGGAAGGAAGUGGUGACUGUGGAAGCUGCAGCAUCAUCCUGCAGACAGACAAUAAUGCUGGAGAUGCUGGUGGAAGUUCCAAGUCCAAUAAGACACUCAAAUAUGAGUACAAAUGCCUUAAAAUGGAAUUUAAAAACUC